AUGGCGAUCGUAUCAGACGACGGGGUUUUGUCAGAGCGAGAGGUCUACACUUCCGACACCACAAGUACCGAUGACGACGAUUUCAAGCCGUUUACGCUGCCAAACAUCGGAGCUGAGCCUGCUGAUGGCCUUCCCACCGGGGAUUUACCACUUGCAGUGAUCCCUGCUCCUAUACUGCUUGCUGCUUAUCCCGUCAUAGACAUGCCACUCGAUGUUGUUUCUGACGACGACAUCGAUCUGUUUGAGGAGGACCCACCAGAGGCUGAUCAUGAGGGUGGGGCCCCUAUUGUUGCUGAUGUUAUCCUACCCAUUGCUGAGGCCCCUGCAGAGGAGCUUCCUGCUGAUUCACCUGUCCCAGAUUCCUUUGAGUCUGUGGCAUCUGCGUCCUUACACACUCAGGGAGUGCAGCAUCACUCUUCAGACGUCGACCCUGACAUGGCGUUAUCAGCUGCACCUGCUCCCGCACACGACUUCGAGUUCGACCACGAGGUUGACGAUGAUUUUGAUCCUGUCUUUCCCCCUGCCAUUGCACCCUUUGUUGAUGAUGUACCCGUUGCUGAUGCUCCUGUUGACGCCCCACUCUUGAUAGAGGAUCCUGUUGUUGCACCAUUUCCUGAUCCUGUGCUGGUGCUGUUCGACCGUGCACCUUUUGCUACUCAUGUGGAUCCACGUUACGCCGACACCCGUAACGGGUGGAUCGACGACGAUGACGAUUACCCACCAUUCGUGUUACCUGUUACACCUCCAGACAUACCGCCACCGCGUCCUGGAGAGGGGUCAUCCAGGCAGCCGCCUGUUCCUGUUCCACCCAUGUUGUCAUCACCUUUUACAUUCGCGUCUCAGUUUCCUCAUGUUGCACCACCUACUGCACCAUCUUUCACUCCGUCGAUUGAUUAG